AAGAUCUUCCCGGAGAGAUUGUGAGGGGGUCGGCUUUUUUCCCCCCUCAGUAGUACCUUUUGAGGUCCUGUUCCAACAUUGCGAUCUUACAGAGAAAAAAAAUAACAGUACAAGGUGUGACAGGGAGUUGGUUGUACGGCAUGCAUUAAAAAAAUCAAAGAAAUGUCGGAAAUAUGUUGAGUUGAGUUAAUCUCUUAAUCAAUUUUCAGUUUCAGUCACUGAGCUGCUUUGUGGGAGAGGAGGACGCGUCAUGCAGCAAUAAAUUUGUGAUUAUAGAGGCUUGCAGGAGCAGCAGGCUUUAUUCGGCCGGAUUUGCUCCGUGCACUAAACUGAUCUUCAUUAUAACGGGAGCUCCAGACAACUCAGACCAUCUUUUUAACUGGCAAUUACAAGAGAGUGACCACGCAAAGGUUGUUUUUUUUUCUCGACUCGAAUGAAAAUAUGACUGGGAUGACAUAGGCUACUUUUUGGGCGUCAGAUCCAACACGGUGCUGAAUGCAAGGCCUAAACGAAACUCCUAACGGGAUUAUAGCGUCGGUUCGGCUUGCCCCCUUUGGAUUUCGGAUUUAUCGGCUGUUUUGGAAUGGAAGGCCGGGAGUUCGGCCCUCCUCCGCCGCUGCUCACAGAGCGAGGCCCGCUGGCUCACCGCGCCACCUCUCGGAUCACUGCAGCCGGCCACGCAGCCGUGCAGCACCCCGCUGCCUUCCAACCCGGGAAAUACUAUCCCUCACACAUCCCCAUACCUCCACAAUCAGGCACUGGGCUGAUGGCGAACUCCUCUGCUUCAUUCAUGGGCACUUUCCUGGCCAGCAGUCUGGGCUCACCCCCAUCUCACCAUUCCGGACCCCCUUCCUCUCCCUCUUCUCCUCCUUAUCGCAGUGGACCUCACUCCAGUGGCCACUCCCAGAUCUGGUUCCCACACCCACAUGAAGCCCCAGGGUAUUCCCGCUUUUCUGGAAGUCUGGCCCCCACCUUUCUACCCAUGAGCCCCUUAGAUCACCAUGGAAACAGUAGUGUUCUCUACGGACAGCACCGAUUCUACAACACUUCAAAAGAUUUCUAUAUCAGAAGCCUCUCAUCACAGCCCCACCUUCUCUCCGCCAAUCACAACUUACCCGCACUGACUCGGACUGCGCCUAGCCACCCUCUGGGCUCUUGUAGCCGGGAACGGGACCCUGUGGGAGGUGGGCCCACCCAGAAAAGCUCUAAAGAGUCAGAUAUAGGAGAGCGGAUUAUAACGGUUGCAGGAAAAGACAAGGAGAAAAACAAACAGGAGGUGAAAGACCGUCAGCACCAUGACCCACCUUCACCAGCUCCUCACCAUCACCAACACCUCCAUCCCCACCAACAUUCUCAGCUCCACCCUUUAGGGCCAGAGGAAAACCCCAGACACAAAGACGACCCAAAACACCUGAGUGCCUGCCUGCUUUCCACCAAGACCCAUAAUGGCCCUCAUACAGGGACAGCAGUCAGGGGCUCCUCCCUGCCCAGUUGUGUAGGGCCAGGGGCCUUGAGUUUAGGAACUGGUCCAAAAGGAGGUGGAGGUAAUAUCUGCUGCAAAGAGGUGAGUGGUGAGAUGCGAAUCAGUGAGCCUUCAUCAGAAUGCCUGCGCCAUAGUGCAAUGCUAGGCCAUGCCCAUCCAGUACCAUAUGCUAUGCCUCCUCCCCUUGGCCUGGGCUCAGCUGUUGGAGGAUCCUGGCCGCACCCAAUUCACCCCCACCAUCACCACCCCCAUCAUCCACAUCCAGACCUAUACUGUCCCCCUACCCCACUAACCAUAUCCUCUGCUCAGGAUAAAAGUCUAGCUCCUGGAGCAGGCAGGGAUCGCAAAGUCAUAGGGCCUACAUUUGUGCCCUCUGUGGGACCGCUGGGUGAUAAGAGCAGUGGGCCAUUUCAGCUUGGUAACCCACCAUGUCAGGGUCUAAAAGGGAUUGUUGAUGAAGUUGGAGGAGAGGGAAUAGGGAAGGCCAAAGCUUCAGAAAAGAGUAGUAAUGGAGGCAGAAUAGCUCCUCCUCCUGCACCUCCCCUCCCAACUCCUGGUACCUGUCAUAAAAAGUCUUCACAUCAGCAGGAUGUCUACAGUAAAGCAGACAAGGGUCAAGACUGGUCUCUAGGCUCCCAUUCACAUUUACCACAGCAGGCACAGCAUGGUCAUGAUCACCAGCCGCAUUCCAAUCUCCCAAACCACUCCUAUAGCUCAGAGGCUGCUGAGGAUUCCUCAGAGACAGAUGCUUAUCAACCCUCCUUGCCCCAGGGAGCCAAAGAUGGCUGCCAGGCUAAAAGCAGCUCUUAUGCCAGCACUCCACCUUUCCGGGACUGUUCGCACUUAGGUUCACCACAUAGAAUUCCAUCUGAAAGCAAGCCCAAUAAUGAAAGUGGGUGUGUACUCCAGCGGGACAGCCAGAGGAUUGCUAGGGUACACCAUCACCAGCAAAACAGCAAGACUGGAAUUCAAGGUCAGGAUCCAGAUCUGGGUCCAAGCAGCAUUUUUCGAGACAGAAGAAAACAAGAUGUGGAUAUUGCAGCACAAGUGUACACUGGGCAUCAGGCAGGUUCUUCUUGGGAAGUGCGAGGGCAGCAGUCUCAACCAGACAAUGAGCGACGCAAAGCAUAUGACCAUUUUGGUACAGGAGACCAGGAUCCGCAUCCUCCUUUCCCUGCCCACCAGCAGCCCUCUGUAGGCCCCCAUGGGCCAGAGAACAGUGCCAUGAAAAACCUGAUGAAGUACAGCAACCAGCAGCCUCACCUGCUCUCUCAGAAGAGCCCAUUUGGGGGCCUGGGUAGCCUGAAGCAGGGAACAGUGAAUGGAGAAAAGAACGACAGAAGUGAGAGAAAUCGAGGGGGUGCAAGCUGUGCCCAUCAGGAGGGCAAGCAAACUCUGCCUUCAAGGAGGGCCUCGUCCUCAGGGGAGAGCGAGCGCUCAGAGAGGGCAGGCCGUGAUUCUGGUGAGGGGGAGGGGGAAGUGAGACAGCCCCCUGUGGGUAUUGCUGUGGCAGUCGCCAGGCAGAGAGAGCCUCUGUGCCGCCCACCAGACAGGCCUGCCACCCACAGCCGCCACGGCAGAGUGCUGCCCAGCAUGAAGGGUAUUGGGCGCACUGUAUAUCCAGUAGAAAGGGAGUUGGAGGAGGAAAGGAAGAGUAUAUCUGAGGAGCAGCUGUCUCUCCCUCCGCUGGACAGAGAAAGAGAUCUACUGCUCAGAGAAAACAAGGACCUAGUUGAGUUUGCCAGGAUCCACCCUUCUAGCAGUUGCCAUGGAGACCUGACCUCUCACCUCAUCAUGCCAGGCGGGAGCCAAUUAGGAGCAGAUCCAUCUGUACAUACUCACCCAGCUCAUCACUGGAUGCCUCGGACAGGAAGUCCCUCCCUUUGGAUUGGACACUCGUAUGGUAUGCAAUAUGGUCUGAGUCAUGCUGCUCUGCACCAGAACCUGCCCCCAGGCUUCUCUGCAGCCAUGCCUAGCCCCCUUCAGCCUGUCCUGCCCCUUCCGCAGGACCCCUCUCCCGCCCUGGUAGUUCUACCCACUGAGCCAGCUGCCCACCCUGCCGCCCAUCAUCUAGAUGUAAUGGAGCAUCAGGGAUUAUGGCCCCCAGUGUAUGGGUCUCGAGGGCCUGCUUCUCAUAUACAGCAUUCCUCAGUCUACUCCCGUCAGUUUCUACGGCAACAAGAGCUCUAUAUGCUGCAGCAGCAUCAGCACCAGCAACACCACCGAGCAGCACAGGCAAUGGAGUUGGCACACAGGCAGACCCAUUCUCAGAGGAAACCUGAGGAUCCCCCUAUUGACCUGGAUGAAGGUUCUCCUGAGGCUCGCACCCUGAAAUCAGCAAAACCCUUCUCCUACCUCUCCUCCAGUAAAAGUUGCUCUUCCUCCUCUCCAGGGGGGUGUGCUUCUCGUCUCUCACCCUGCUGUCACUCACCAGCCCCACGGCCCCAUCCUAAGAGCACUCCGUGCACCCCCUGCCCCGAGCCAAGCCCAGCUGUAGCAGCACCCCGCUCUCCUGCCCUCAGCCCCCAUGCUACCCCUCAUCUACCCAAAGAAGCUGAGUCCCAAGACAAGAGAGGAGAGGGCCAGCCACCGCAGGACUACCCACACUCUCUGGAGCCUGAUCUUCCACCAGGCUAUACUUAUCCUGCCAUUGCAAUUGGUUACAAGGCUGGUCCAUCUCCACAAGAAGUCCAGUUAGCUGAACAUGCUGACCUGGAGGCAGAGCAAGCGGAACCUGCUGAGCCAGCACCACAGCCCCUCCCACUUUCCACAAUGGGGGAGAAGCGUGUGUGCCAGGAAGCAGAAUCCCCUACUUCAGCUGCCCAGGUGGGACCCCAAAGGGAGGGUGUCCAAGAGGUGAAUAGGGUGCUGGCAGAAAAGGAAGAGUUGGAUGAAGAACAGAAGAGUGUUACCUGCCCUCCUACAUCUCCCUCUCCACCUGUAUGUCAACACCCCUCUAAAUCCCCCUGCCUGGGUGCUUCACCAGUAGAGGAAAUCUCACAAAUAGAACCAUCUAAUACCAUCACCUCUGAUCAGCCCAGUUUUUUGGAGGUCCAGGACCAAGCAGAGGAGGUCAAAACUCAGGAAGAAGAUAUUGUGAAUCCUGUCUGGGAUUCACCUGCUGCUUCUCAGGAGAUUCAUUCUGUGGAGCCAACUGAGGAUGUCCAAAACUGUACUUCACCCAGUACAUCUGUAGAUGUGGAGGUCACUCAGGCUUCAUCACCCUCCUCUCCCUGCUCUGAGCUUUCUGCUCUUGGUAACCAGUAUCCUGGAUCCUGCAUCUGGAGUCUGGAGCUCCUGAUUGCAGCAGCCCUCUGUGCCACAAGAGAUGCCCAGAUGGCUGCCCCAGUGGCAGUGCCUGCUUGUAUAGCACCCCCUCAAAAUGGCAUGGCGCUUCUGAGUGAGCUUGCUGAGCUGGAGAGACGGCAGCAAGAAAAGAACAGCAUGAAGAGUGCAGGAGAGGAGAGACUGCUCAUUGACCUAGAGAGUCUGGCGACCCUUGCAGCUGCACGUGCACUAGAAGGGACUCCACUCACCACUACUGAGUCUUUCCCACCUCUACGUCGUACACUUAACCUGCGCAGGAAGUGGAAAUGGACACCACAACAUGAACCGGCAUGUCCGGUGAAGAGUAUAAUGGAAACAUUGGACAGGGAGGAGCUUGCGAUGAGGGUGCAACUGGCUGAGCUGCAGCGGCGCUACAAGGAGAAACAGAAAGAGCUGACCAAGCUACAGAGAAAACAUGACCACCAAAAAGAGGAUACCUCAAGAAGCCCAGCUCGUCGAGGCCCUGGCAGACCACGGAAACGCAAGCCUACCCCAGGACCAACUGCCCCCACAGAUACAGUCAAGAGGGUCAAGUUGGUGGGAGCAGCGUCAGGCCUGAUGGUUGCAGAGGAAGAGCUGGUUGGGGGCGGGGACAAGCACACAAAAAGGAAGAAGACGGCCAAUAGUACCUACGACCACGUCGGUGGCUCACAGGUCCCCUGCAGGCAGAGAGGCAGACCAAGACUGCUGAGCUCCAAGAUGGCCCAGCUUAAGCAGAAGGCCAACACCAAGCGUGGAUCUAGACUAGAAAGCAUAUUUUGUCACAGAGAGAAGCCUGCUUCGGGCUCUACUGCAGAGCAGACGCACAGAAACAUGUCUGGAUGUCAAAGUGAAACAGGGAGCACUGACACAACAGUGCAUGAGAAUAUAGAUGGCCAGAGGAUAAUGAUUCGUAGAGGACGCAGGGCAAAGGUCAGCCAUGGCCAUGCUUCCUCUCCCCUGCAGACUCGAACCCAGCAGAUGAUGCCCAACAAGUCCUUAACCAACAGCAAGCGGGAGGUGACAGGGAAGGACAGCUCCUCCAUGGACAGCGAGUUGUCCGAGCCAGAAGAGGAAGAUGAUGGCAUCUAUGACAUCGAAGAAGUGCCAGAGGACAUCAAAAGUCUAUCUUCUAAAUCGCAGAUGUCUGGAGCGUGCACUCCCUCCUCUUCGAUUGUAAAACUAGCUGCUGGUCAGAAUACCAAGAGCAAGAAAGAGAGACAAGGAUUUGGGUCUUUCACUGCCUUGCUUGCUAAAGGGGAAGUGAAGCACAGGAAAAGGGCCCCCUGUAGGCCAUCACUGCUCAGUGAAGACAGGAAUUGCCUACUGGUGGAGAAGAGACAAAAUGCACUCAGGUGGAGAGGAGUUUCACAAGAGAGCAGCUUACAUCGUAAUAAGGUUCUCAAAUGCAUCCCCAAUCCAUUGGAAAGGACAGCUGGGAAGGAUUCUGUAGUCCUUGGAAAGAAGAGAAGUUGCUUGCUGGAAACUGUUACAUCGCAGAUUGAAGACAACUGGAACAAAAAGUUGAAAAUCAAACAGGAGGCCAAAAGGCGAGGCAUGAGGCAGCUGCUGGAGAGCUUUGCUGCAGAAGAGGGAUUCCGCAUGGAUGAUGACAGCAGCUUCUCUGAAGGAGAGGAGGAGGAGCUGGACGAAGAGGAGCAACACAAGAAUACAGUGCCAGCUCCGCCUAACUGUGUCCUGACCAAAGAAGCUCUGCGAGAUGGGCUGAAAGUGCUGAUCUCCAAGGAGGAUGAGCUGCUGUAUGCUGCCUAUGUGCACACGCUGGAUUUACCUGACAUUUACAGCAUUGUCAUUGAAGGGGAGAGAGGAAACAGGCCAAGGAUCUACUCUCUGGAACAGUUGCUUCAGGAAGCAGUUUUAGAUGUGCAACUGGAGACAGUGGAUGCACUUACUGAUGGAACAAGAGUGUGUGCAUACUGGAGUGAGCGCUCAAGAUGCCUGUAUCCUGGAUAUGUCCGGAGAGGUCAGAGAAGAACUCUCUCCAUUUUCCUUGGUGGCCCAGGAGAUGAGCAGAAAGAAGGUUCUGUCAUGGUGGAGUUUGAUGAUGGAGAUCGCGGCUGGAUUUCCCUCCCCAACAUUCGCCUUCUUCCACCUGGCUACCAAAUAUAUUGUGCAGAGCCUUCCCCAGCUCUCCUGGCUUCUCCAACUCGCCGCAGACGGAAAAGCUCCACUCAAGAGAAGAGCUCUCAGCAGAUUGAUGUUUCCUCAGAAUGGCAUGGCAACACAGAGCCAGAAAAAACAAGCAAGGCCAAGCCAGGGAGGCCCAAAUCAGUCAGUUUAUCAACAAAAACUGGUAUGACUGAGAAUGUAACUGGGAGUGCCCCCUCUCUUCUUGCCUGGCCGUCUGUCACCAUGUCUAGAAAGAGACCAUCUCUGGAUUUGUUCCAGUUCAAUGGCCUGUCUAGGAAAACUCCAAAAGAGAAGGAGACAGACAUGUUCCCCUUGCUUGGCUCCACUAUGGGUACACCAGCUAAGGGUAUCUUUAGCACCUCCUUCGAAGUGGAUUCGUUUAGCAGCAUUGCUAAUGGUUUUACAACCUUUGGUAAUCAACAGCCACCAUCUGGGUUACAAAUUGGUCAAAAGAGCACCUCAAAUAUUCGAGGGAGAAAGACCGGAGACAGGAAAGAGUACCUCAUCAAAUUAGACCAUGAAGGAGUAACCUCUCCGAAGACAAAAAAUGGAAAAGCACUUAUGCUUCUUGGAAAUGGGGAGUUUGAAUCUAGAGGGGGGAGGAUGGAGAAGGGCUCGGGGACCAAAAAUGCAGGCGAUCUGAACUCUCAUAUAGACUGCUCCCAGUCAAUGUUACUGAUGAAGGAUGCCAAGAGAAGCAGUAACCACCUCCUCAAGGGUUCCUCUGACAUGCGGAAACUUUCUCAGGGUCUAGGGCUUGGCGAAUAUCCAGAUUAUGUGUUGAACUGCCACAGUGAUUGUCUCAGCUCCUACUCAGACAUGGAUGAAGAUGAAGAAGAUGAAGAAGAUGCUAGAAGGGCAGCGAUGCGCAACCCUAGGCGCUUUCUCUCUCAUCUGUCCAUCUCCUCCUCUUCCUCAGGUUCUUCAAGCUCAUCAAGUUCAGGCUCACUGUCCAGUUCUAGUGCCUGCUCCUCUGACAAUGAUUCAUCCUACACUUCAGAUGAAGAGGAAGCAUCUCAACUUCUCCUGCAGGGUUGCCUGUCCUCCCAUCAUGCAGUGCUUCAACAACAGCAGCAGCAACAUCCAGAGCCAACAACUGCCCCACCACAACACUCCUUUAUUGCCAAAGCCAUGGGUGUGACCAGCCCAAAAGCUUUGGUCAGCAAUGGUACAGGCAAGCAUCAACGGAGAAAGGAUAUUCCUAGUAACUCCCUGUCUACAGCACAAACCAAAACUUCCAAGGACUGUCCCAAAAAGCAAAAGACAGUCAGUCCACCCAACUCAUCUGGAUUUGUGUCAGCACGUCAGCUGUGGAGGUGGUCUGGAAACCCCACUCAGAGGCGAGGUCUAAAAGGAAAGGCACGGAAACUCUUCUACAAGGCCAUUGUCCGGGGUAAAGACAUAAUCAGAGUGGGUGACUGUGCAGUAUUUCUGUCUUCUGGCCGUCCUCACCUUCCUUAUAUUGGCCGUAUCGAGAGCCUGUGGGAAUCUUGGGCCAGCAAUAUGGUCGUGAAGGUGAAAUGGUUUUACCAUCCUGAAGAGACUAAACUGGGCAAAAGACACCGGGAUGGCAAGCAUGCCCUUUAUCAGUCUUGCCAUGAGGAUGAAAAUGAUGUCCAGACCAUCUCCCAUAAAUGUCUGGUGGUUAGCCGAGGUGAAUAUGAGCACCUCAGCCGCCUGAGGAAGCCCAACAACAACAGUCAGGACCUCUACUACCUGGCUGGAACAUAUGACCCCACUAGUGGGCAGUUGGUCACAGCUGAAGGAGUAUCAAUAAUCUGCUAGCGUUCUGUCAUAUGGAUGUACUACUGAAGAAAUUUUUCCUCCUUGAGGGAGGAUACCUAAAGGGCUGACAAUCGAUUUUUACUGUGUUCAGAAUGGUCUCAGAUUAAAGCCCCCUAAUUGGACACUAAACUAGUGCUCCAUGGAAUAAAGAAAAGGAAGAUGAGCUCUUUACUGAUCUACUUUGUAGCUGCGCCUCACCCGUCUUCAGUGAGUGACAACUGGGGCUGACAACUUCACAAACUCAACGGCCAAGGAAAGAGGUUUUAGUUCUCAGAGAAAAUGAUGAGGCACUGGACAUAUUCUAAGCAAGAUUAUAUUAAUUUAUAUUAACCGUGUUAAGGUAAAUAUUUCAGUUUUACUCUUCUGGAAACCCUAAACAGAGCUGGGUUCACUUUAGACUGAUCAUCCUUAUUAGAUCAAUUUCAUCAGGACAUUUUUUUUUAACUCAGUUGGACCAAAACUAUUGCAUGGUGUGUGUGUGUGUGUGUGUGUGUGUGUGUGUACAGAGUAUGGCCACAAACAGAAGGAAAUGGGUGUCAUGCCGUAGACUUAAAACUAUUCAUGGCAUUACACUUCAAGAGUGCCACUGUCUUUGGUGUACAGCCCAUUCUAAUGACGCCUUCUGGGCAUCCAGGGAUUUUCCAGGAAUCGUUUUUUUGCCCAGUCAACUGAAAAUGAAAAUAAUUUUAAGUUAAAUUUCUGAAUUAAGUUUUCUUUGACAAUUUAUUUUCAAUCAAGCCAUACACUUCAGUACCUCUUACUUACUGUACCUUUUAUUCAGGUGUAUAGUUGUACAAUUGUUUUUAUUUUAUGUGUGUAAAUAUAUAAAUAUAUAUAAAAAAGUAUUACUGUAAAUAUAAUAUAAAGGAAGAGAGAACUAUAUUCCUCUUUAUUGCGCUUGAUUGUGUUAUUUUUUUAAUGAAACAACUGUUAGGUUUGAUUGGGAUUUUUUUUUGUUUUUUGUUAUUUUUUGCUUUGGAGUGAUGUGUGAUCCACAGAUCACCACCUCAGCACUGUACAUGACUUGUUCUCUUUAAAACAGGUCAUGAUAUGUUAGUUUAUACAGUAUACUGCAUAAGCGUGGCUGAACAGUCCACUGGGUGACUAAUGCGGAACGGGCCAUCUGUGUCCACAUCAUUGUUAUCUUUUCCACAUUUGUUUUUGCUUUUUCAUUUAGAGCCUCAUCACAGAAUUCAUUUGUGUAUUGCAUUGCCCUCUGUGUGGGUUAUGAGUAGAACAAAUGCAACAAAAGCCUUUGUGGCACUUUUGCACUUCAGACAUGCAAGAUAAUGUGUUGCCAAUGCAUCCAUGUUUUGCCAGAUCCAAACAGUGUGUCAGUAAAAAUUUAUUGUACUAGUAUAUAGAUAGCUAAUGUAAGAAAUCUGGCCUCCCAAGCAAGAAACCAAAGCACCUCUAAGGGUUAUUUUACAGAUUGCAAUAAAUGAAUGAAGUCUGUGUAAAUAGAUUAUAAGGUAUGGGAGCCCUGCAAUUUCAUUGGCUGGUGAACUUUAGAUAAAUUGACAAUGUUCAGACUCUGUGGUACAGUUACUGUUUUGUUUGCUUUAAUAUGACCGAAACAGCUUUUUGUUUCUGCAAGGUUUUACUAAUGUUGCUGGUAAGGGUUUAGUGUUGGUAACAGCAUUGCUGUGAGGUUGGAUGAUGCAGCACACCAGCGGGCACUUCAGACACUCGAAGGCUUCUGAAGGCCUGUGUCACAUGAUCAUGAAGGGACAAUCAGAACCUGUUUGAGGGGGUGGUUUAAAAUUGAUCAAAUCUCAAUGUUGCCUCUCGUCACUUUUUAUUCCUACUUUGCCAAAAAUUUGCAUUUUAAUUUCUUUUCUCCAUUGUCUGUCAUAUAUUUUUGCCUGAUAUGCAAGCCUGUAAAGACUGUUCAAUGUAGAUUUGAGGAAAGGACAGAAAUGCCUUCCAGUCCUUAAGACUAACUUUUUAACAACUUUGUUGCUGUUACACUGCAGAAGCAAAAGCUUUAAAAAAUCAUAUGUGAAAAUCCAUGUAAUGUCACUUUUUGGGUCUAUAAAAAAAAAGAAAACAAGUUAUUUUCAUAACUAAACACUGGAUUCACUGCAGAAUAUCAUGACACUGGCAUCAGCAGUGUGGCAAAAAGUUGCUUAAGCCUCAGAAAAAAAGUGGAAUCAUUUUACAACCUAACUUUGAGACCCACUGAGAAUUAUUAUUAUUAUUUUUUUUUUUUUUUGGGGGGUUGAUGUACUUUUUGACAUUGUGGGGAAUAUAACAUUGUGGGGAUAUUUGCAUUGUUUAGGCAAGUUAUUUAUCUUAAUUUUAAUGCAUUUGUGUUGCCUUUAAUUAAAAAAAGAU